GCGCACUUCUUUCAUUUCCAGCUUUGCAAAGAUCUCCAUUUUCUUCGGGCAGACACGUAGGAAAAGAGGAUUAAAGACGAAGAAAAAUGAAUGAAGAGUACGACGUUAUCGUGUUGGGAACCGGGCUGACGGAAUGCAUCCUGUCUGGGAUCAUGUCCGUGAAGGGGAAGAAGGUUCUGCACAUGGACAGGAACUCGUACUAUGGAGGGGAGAGUGCCUCCAUCACCCCUUUGGAGGAUUUGUUCAAGCGUUUCAGCCUUCCUGGCAGUCCUCCUGAGUCCAUGGGAAAGGGCCGCGACUGGAACGUGGACCUCAUUCCCAAAUUUCUAAUGGCCAACGGUCAGCUAGUCCGUAUGCUGCUGAUCACACAGGUGACGCGUUACCUGGACUUCAAAGUGAUUGAGGGCAGCUUCGUCUACAAAAAGGGCAGCAUCUACAAAGUGCCCUCCACUGAGACUGAAGCUCUGGCAUCCAGCCUCAUGGGACUUUUUGAGAAACGACGAUUCAGGAAGUUUCUUGUGUUUGUUGCCAACUUUGAUGAAAAUGACCCAAAAACCUUGGAAGGAGUGGACCCAAAAAAGACCACCAUGCGAGAUGUGUACAAAAAGUUUGACCUCGGGCAAGAUGUUGUUGACUUCACCGGCCAUGCUCUUGCACUCUACCGCACAGAUGACUACCUGGAUCAGCCCUGCAUAGAGACGAUAAACAGGAUUAAAUUGUACAGCGAGUCUUUGGCGAGGUAUGGCAAGAGUCCAUAUCUGUACCCUCUCUAUGGCCUGGGAGAGCUGCCCCAAGGCUUCGCUAGAUUAAGUGCCAUUUAUGGAGGAACAUACAUGCUGAACAAGCCCAUUGAGGAUAUAAUUAUAGAGAACGGCCAAGUGGUGGGCGUCAAAUCUGAGGGCGAGAUCGCUCGCUGCAAGCAGCUGAUUUGCGACCCUAGCUAUGUCAUGGACCGAGUCAACAAGGUUGGUCAGGUGAUCCGGGUCAUCUGCAUAAUGAGCCACCCCAUUAAAAACACCAGCGAUGCCAACUCCUGCCAGAUCAUCAUCCCUCAGAACCAGGUCAACAGGAAGCAUGAUAUCUAUGUGUGCAUGAUCUCUUACGCACACAACGUGGCAGCCCAGGGUAAAUACGUAGCCAUUGUCAGCACCACUGUGGAGACCAGUGACCCUGAGAAAGAGAUCAAACCAGCCCUGGACCUUUUGGAACCGGUUGAGCAGAAAUUUGUGAGCAUUAGUGACCUGUACGCUCCAAACGAUUUGGGAUCUGACAGCCAGGUCUUUAUCUCUCGCUCCUAUGAUGCUACAACUCACUUCGAGACAACCUGUGACGAUAUCAAAGACAUCUACAAGCGAAUGACGGGCACAGAGUUUGACUUUGCCGAAAUGGAGCGCAAGAAAAAUGACAUCUUCGGAGACGGUGCUGACCAGUAAACUAGCUCCAGCUGCUCUUGAAUAUCAGAUAUUCAGGCGAUCAUAAUCUUAAGGUUAAAAAAAAGAAAAAGAAAAGAAAAAAAUUGCAACCAAACUGGGCGAGCUGGCUAUCCAAGCAUAUGUUCUGCCCAUAAUGGAAUUUCAUUUAAACAGUUAUACAAAUUUAGCAUUUUUGGGGGAGAAGGGGAGAAGGUUCUGCCAGUCUGCUUUUUAUAAUCAGGAAGCGAGAUCCAUUUUGCACUGAUUGUUUAUCAAUGGCCUGUAUUCAGUUUCCAUCAUGUGAUCUUUAUUUCAGCCUGCUUAGACAUGGUAUGUAAAAAGUCCAAAGAUGCCAAAAAAA